GCUGUGGUAAACGGCAGGCGGGGAAGGCUGGUCACGUGUGUCUUUGUGGCGGCGGCGGCGUAGCUCCGGCAGGAUGAGUGGUCCUGCGCAGCGGUACGUGUACACAGCACUUGACCAGCUGAAGGCGGGCACGGUGGCCAACGUGUUCGGUGUGGUGACAUUUUUUAAACUUCCGUAUCGUAGUAAAGGGACAGAUUUUUGUUCAGUUAUUACCAUAGUGGACCAAUCUAAUGUCAAGCUAAAGUGUACAUUUUUCAGUGGAAAUCAAGAUGGACUUCCAAGUAUUUAUAAAAUUGGUGAUAUUGUUCGAUUUCAUCGAAUAAAGAUCCAAAAGUUUAACAAUGAAUUUCAAGGCAUUAGUAGUAGUGGUUUCUCAGCGUUAGUAUUUGAAGGUACUGUUGGUGCUCCUCUCAUUCCAAGGACCAGUAGUAAAUCUUACAGCUUUACAGCAGAAGACCAGAAAACUGUAGAAACCUUACGGAAUUGGCAAUUGGGGCUGCAAGGUUUUUCCAGCUCAAGACGGAAUUUAUCAGAUGUUCAGCCUGGACAGUAUUUUGAUUUGCUAUGUCAACUUGUUGGAAAAGCGGAGAUUGAUAAAGCAUCAUAUCUCCUUAAGGUUUGGGAUGGUACUAAAUUUGGUUCCCUACCUUGGAAGGUUUAUGUAGAAGAUGAAGCACUUGAAGGAGACCGAGAUUCUAUCAGUCGGCUACAGAACUUUACCAUAGACGUUCUGGUUUAUGAUAAUCAUGUGGAACUUGCAAAAUCUAUAAAGAUUGGAAGUCAUAUUGUUAUUCAGAAUAUACAUGCCAAACUACACGGCACAGCCAAUGAAAACCAAGGACAUGAUACAUAUGUGGAAUUUCACCUUCAUGGGGGAACAGGUUUUGGACGAGGAAUCUCAGUGCCUCCAGAAGACGAUUCUGAUGUUAAAGAACUGCAAAAGAUCCUGGAUGCUGUAGAUGUAAAGCAGAAUCAGCCAUUAGAUCCUGAUGCAAUCACGUCAGACAUUCAAUUAAGUCAGAUGUCACCGCCCUUUGAUGCUCUGGAGAGAUGCCAGCAGCUUUCUGUGACAGUGCUCCCAGCUCAUCAACAAUGGCAGAUAACUCCUCUCGCCUGCAUCAUUAAAAACAAGGCUCCUCAGAAAUUUCGUGUAAGAGCAAGACUAAAACAUGUCCAACCCCAUCACCUGUAUCAGUCUGUUAAGCUUCACUGCAGUAAAUGUAACUUCUUAAUGGAUGCCCCAGAUGAACAAAGCCUGAACAAAAUGUUUGAAGAUCGCUUUACUAAUAGUCCAAAUACCCCAAAUGCAUUUUGGUAUCAGUCAGCAUUAUGGAACACUGGAAAUCUUGAUAACCGGACUGUAGUGAUUCAUUUUGUGAAAAAAUAUGAUAUUCUGCAAAGUCCUGAAGACACUCUAAUCAUGGUAGAAGGUGGAUCUUUCAAAGAGCUCUCUAAGUUGUCAAUUCAUUUUAACACUAUAAUACCUGUGAAAUCAAAAGAAGAGCACUUGGAAAUAGACCUCUCUGCUCCAUUUCUUAUUCAAGGCAAUAAGUGGCUUUAUGGGUGCAUUAAGUGUUCUAACAUAAAGUCACUAGAGGAGCUGCAGUCCUUAUCACUGGGAGUAGGAUGGGAUGCUGCAGACAUAGCAAAAGUUUUGGGUGUUGAACUCUUAACACACCUUUUUGUUAUGAAUUUCACUCUUGAAGAUGAAACUGGAUCUCUAAAUGCCUAUUUGUGGCGGCAUUCUGAACAGUUCUUUCAGAUUCCUCCCUCUGAGAUACUCAUGAAUAGUGAUCUCCAAGAAAGACUUCAUAUGAUCAUGAGUACAUUGUGUCCAUCAACAAAGCAAAUUAGUGAAUAUCCCUGGAUGGAUUGUUGCAUAAGAUCAUACAAUUCUAGCCAUGGAAGCAAAGAACAAAUAUGUUAUGAGAUUUUUGACACUUUACUUUCAGAAAGAGAUUUGAACAGAUUUUCAUAAUGUGAGAUAGAUGCAGGAAGUAGUGAAUAUUUUAUACUCUCUAUUAAAGGAGUUGUUCAAGAAUGGGGGGUUGGCAAACACCCCCACUUGGCCAGUCUUGUAGAGGAAAGAUUACUUACCUGCUUCCCAUGCCAGCUCUCUGCUCCUUCUCCUCCAGGCCUGCAAUGCUGGGUUCCCUCGAUGUCAACAUCUGGUUUGACAUCGUUGCAGCCAAUCACUGGCUUGGCAGAGACUGGAUACCCUUGUCUCAUGUGACCAUUUGUCAUGAUGUAAGGGGUACCAGUCACCGCUGCGUCAAAUGGUUUACUGUGGCGAUGUCAAACCGGAUUUUAACAUCAAGAAAGCCCAGCAGAGCAUCACAAGCCUGAAAAAGAAGAAGGGAGGAGUCGGUGCCAGAAAGAAGGUUACUAAUCUUUCCUUUACAGGUAUGGCCAAGUGGAGGGUUUUGCCAAACCCCCAGCCCCUUAUUAUUUCACAACCCCUUUAAGCUCUGUUCACACUGCCAUAGUAUUUGGUUUUGGAUAGCAAAACAUUGUUGUCUCCAGUACUAUUCCUCCAUAGAAAAAUGCCAGAAACCAGGGAUGGUCACAAUUCAUUGUUAUGCAUUUGGUUUGGCUCCGUUAAGAAUAUGAAAGCCAUUAUGGUAAUGUAACCAUUGCCUGAGGUCGGAAUCUGUUUUAUGGAUACAUCUGUAUCUAAUAUAGGAAGUAGAAAAAAAAAUGCCUAAACAAUGUUCAGUACAUGUGUCUUGGUUUGUGCAAUUAAACUUGUACAUAUGUUUGUUAAAUAUCCCAUGUCUUAACUUUUUUUGUGUAAUGAUUUUUCUCCAAUUAGGAGAAAAACCUAGCUAUCAUCUACUUAAAGAAUUUGACCAUUGAACCACAUUUCAAAGCUUCCCAUGAAAUUUCUUUAAAAAAAAUCUUAGAACAGUUAAGUUGGUGGUUCAGUUUUAACAAGAAACCAGACAACAAUGGGAAAUGGCCUAUAAUAAAAAAAAUAAUGUAGAAGUACUUGCGUAGUGGAUUUUGCACCACAGCCCGGCUCAGUGGUCAUGUUUUGUAGACUGCAGCUAGGUAAGCAAAGUCCAGCAGGAAGAACUGGGGCUGUGGCGCAGGAUCUACUAGGUAAGUAAAGCUUUAUUUUUUGUUUUUAUUUCAGGCCAUUUAUACACUAUUCACAGUGUAUAAGCCAAACGUACAAAUUCAGGUGGUGGUCUGGGGCAGUGACUCAUUACAACUUAAUGGGUUGGUAUUUAUAUAUUGUAGUUCCCACUUGGGCUUUUCAUUUGUGACUUAGCAUGUGCAGCAUAUUGUGUAUGCUUAGUACUCGAUACCAUUCGAUACCACGCACCAAAAAAAUAAAACCCCAAAAAAGCUGCGUGCACUCCAUAUUUUAUGGAACGUCCUGCCCAUCACAGUCCUAUCCUA